AUGUUAGAUGAAAAAUCGUCUUUAGUGAAGGACACAUAUUUUAAGGACUUAAAAGUUAUUACAAGUGAAGAUGUCAAGAGGGUUUUUAUUUCACUUGAUGAUGCACCAGACCUUGACGUUGUUAAGAUUGGAAUUAUCUAUCUCAUCACCUCAUACUUAUUUGCUACAUCCUACCUGAAGGUGGUGGAUCAAUACAUAUUUGCACUUGUAGACGAUUUUGCCACUCUUGAAACAUUUCCUUGGGGUAGAUAUUUGUUUGAGACUACCUUAUCGUCACUAAGAAAGGGACUAUCAAAACAAACUAGUCACUACAGAUUGACAAGUUUUUUAGUGGCUUUCCAGGUGUGGCUAUAUGAGUGCAUACCUGCACUUGAGGGGAAUGUGGCCAUAAGAAUUUGUAAGAAAUAUCCACGCAUUAUUAAUUGGACUGUACACAAAUAUCCUUCAGCGGCAAUGUUGGAGGACAAAGUGUUUGGAAGUGAGAAUGUUGUGAUAAAUGACAUUGAUCCAUCUGAAGUUGAGCUCACAAUGCCAUAUAUGACAUAUGUGCAGUACUCAAAGCCUAGACAACCAACUCGGAAUGUUAGGAUCUCUAAAAAUCAAUUGGGCACAAGUGAGGCAACUCCCCUACUGUCGAAGGUACACGUUGAAGAUUCAGAUUUUGUAGACCCACCGCUAUACAAACAAACGGGGGCUGCUGGCUCUAGCUCUCGCGAUCAGCAAAGUGCUGCCUACCAUUCAGAUUGCUCAUGUUUUGAGGAAUGUGGUCGAUUGAAGCAGUUGAUUGAUAAGGAAAUAACUAAGCUCCAAGCGGAGAACAAGGGGUUGAAAGAGGAGCUUAUGUCGAUGAAGUCAGAACUAUCUAAGAUAAAUGUAAACAUGCGUCAAUCAAACAAUUCUUUGAAGCUCAAUGAGGUCAUUCAGAGUCACAAUGUAUUGAAAGAUAGCUUAAGUGACAUCAGGUUGUCUCUUAAAAUUUUUGUUGAAUCUGUAUCUGACAUCUUAUCUUCGGUGAUAGAUGAACUUCAUAAGAAGUUGAGUGGUAAAGAUGUUUUGACAGAACAAGUGCCGAAAGAUGAUGAUGAUGUUGACAAAAAGGGCAAGGGUCACAUGGAACCUGAGCCAAAAGGUGAUGAUGUUGCUGAAAAAAGUGACAAUGUUCACAUAGAACCCGAGCAAAAAGGUGAUGACGUGGUUGAAAAAGUGGACAAGGGUCACAUGACACCUAAGUUUUCACAUGUUCUUGAUGACUAUGUUCUUGAAUCUCCUUCAUUUGAUCUAGGAGUUGGCUCCUCACAUACACCUAAAAGCUCUGAUGAUACAUUUUUUGCCAGUAAAGAAGUGCGGGAUCAGGUUAAUGAGGCUAUUGCACGCGUGUUGGAGUCUACUGAACUUCAUUCCAAAGAUGAAGAUACACCUGCACCACCAUCAUUUGGACUACCUGUGAAGAGAGCACAAAAGCCAUCGAAAACUCUGCAAUCACCUUUUGUUAAGGUCGAACCACGUCAUGCUGCUACUGGAUCAAAAUCUAACACUGUAAACGUCGUGUUCCAAAAUUAUUCGAAAGGAGUUGAUAGCACAGAUCUGAGCUCAUUUAAGAAUUGGUUUGACAAAGGAUACAAGCCCAAGAACAAGGUAAAGUUCAACGAUGCAGAUAACGUGAUAAGUCCUCAAUUUGUAUGUGGCACUGUCACUGUUCAUUAUAAAACUUGGUGGCAUAUGUUAAUUGAUUCUAAUUCAUCAUUGAAGAACACGCACUUGGAUGCAUGCUUUCAUUACAUAAGACAACUUGCCAAGUUCGGUGAAGGUGUGAAGAUGAAAGCUACCACUACAGACUACAUAUUUGAUAUGUCAAUCAAGUUGACAUACUCUAAAUUUAUUCAAGACCCAAGCAUUGUUGAGAAGAAUGAUGAGCUAAUCAAAACCAUCAAUGGGCAGCUUGAUAUUACUAACCAUGUCCUUUACAUAUAUAAUUCAAGCAACAAAUCAUACAAGGACAACAAGGUUCACGAAGGGGUUUUAUCGCUUGUGAAGACUCUUACACACCUGUUAAAAUUUGUCGGGCUAUGGAAGAAAACUAGUGAUAGUAUUGGUGACAAAUUUGGGGAACUGCGUGUUAAUAUUGUCCGUGGUUUACCCCCAACAACAAAAUGGUAUGCACAGUAUUUGUUGCACAAUAAUCUUGGCAAUAAACCAAUGUCAUUUGAUGCUGGGAAUGCCAGACUUGAAAUUGCAGCGUUGCUGUUCAAAAACAAACAACUGAAGCAGAUUGGAAAGGGAAGUUCAAAGUCAUGUGAGAAUACUGCACAGUCUAAACAGGUCACAAAUAAUCACAUACGAGUAAUGUGUUAUAUAACUGCAGGUCACAAAUGCUUAACAUUUAUCGUUGACACUCUUACAAAAGAAGAAAGCAUAGAAUUGGUCCCAUAUAGUGGAAGAUGA